CUAUACAUAGUCAACUAUUACACAAAUUUUCUGAAAGCAAAAAGUGGCCAGAGAAAAAUUUCCAACCAUCAAGUUUGCUGGACGUUUUAUUUGAUGACCCUACCGCAUUCAAACCUAACGUGUUGGUGAUUAUCUUGCACUCCAUAAACCAAGGUUAUUCAAUAAAAAUUAACACAGAUAGGAAUUCAAAAUCACCGAAAGAUUAUAGUUUCAGCUAUUAUGAAGACACAAUAUUGGAACAUAUGGAAACUGAACAUAUACCACCUGAUUUAUUGGAAUUAUUAGUUACAGCUAGACCCAGAUUAUUUUAUUCUAGAUGUGUUAUUGCUGAAAUUCAUGAUCAGAGAGAUGAGGUUCCAGGUCGUGUGUAUAGGCUAAUACUGCGUCCUUCUACUAUGUCCAUUCAGAGAGACAUAGACCUUAUAAUUACUAAUAAUAGUCAUCCCACUGACAACAAUUAUUGGUCAAUUGAUAGAAGACUAGGCCUAGAAAGUGAAAUACUUAAAAGAAUAUAUAUGGUCAUGUGUACGGAUUCAUCGCCUCUUGCUGGCCUAGUAGUUCAAUUACAGCAUCAAGUGUUAAGUCGUCGUACUAUAGUACUGAAUCCACUUAAGAGGAAAAAUAACUUUUCAAAGUCAAUACCAUUGAAAACAGAUUUGUACAAUGAAUCUAAUGACAACUUAAAUACAUCAAUGUUGUCAAAUGAACCACAAGAAGGAUCUUCAAAAUUAAUGGAUACUGAAAAUACAAAUAUUGAUAACUAUAUCUUAUGGAAAUUUGAUUUUCGCAUAAAAUCAUUAAACCUUUUUAAAAUGUUUAUAAUGGUCAUACCAAGAACUCUAGAAUUUUCCAUGUUAUUGUGUACAAAUCCAAAAGUUGAUUCUAUUGAAAAUAUAUUACGGUUUAAAAUACAACCUCGACAAAAUGAAUUGAGGGACUAUAUUAAUAUUAUGUUAAAAAUUCUUCAACAAAGAAUAAGUUCUGAAAUAGAAGUGGUUCGGAGAUAUAAAUUUCAUGGUAACUCAACUCCUCAUUCAUUAAAGAGUGUUCCAUCACCAUUCAAUGAUAAUAUUUAUAAAGCCAAUCAUGCAGAUAUAAGUCAGUUAAUAGAUAUAUUUAUAAAUAACUCCCAUAUUAAAUAUACACCUAUAAAUGAGAAUUUGGAAAAUAUGUGUACACAUAAUAAUGGGAUAACUAAAUUUGAAAAUGGAAAAAGCGAUUCAUCACUAAUGCAAGACAAUUUAGAUUCUGGUACUCAAAAGACUAAUGAAACAAAAGAGAAUUAUAAAGUUCUCCAGACAUUAAAAAAAGUAUGCUGUUUUGUGCAACAAAAAAGUUAUCAACAUAUCCAGACAAAUUUUUAAAUUUAUCAAAUUUGGAUUUAAAAGACCAAAUAGCUGAUUCAUCAUCAUUAAAAACUACAACCAUACCAAAGGACAUUUUAUUUUAUGAGGAUACAUCUUUUGAACCAUCAUCAACAUUUGGUAAAUUUCUCUGCUCAGAAUCUAAAAUAUUCAAAAAACCUAAUUCUAUAUUCAACAAUAUUGAAAACGAUUUUCUUUUUUUUUUUAAUUAGUCUUAAUAUAGAAUUUAAUAAUAUAAUAAGUUGGAAUUUUGU